AUGUCUCGCCGCGAUGCUACCCCUUCCGUUAGGAAAGGCCUCGUUGACAUCAGCAACCGCGCUCAAAAGAACGGAGGCAACCCCGACAAUGUUAACGGCUGGCGCCACGAGAUUCUCAACAAAGUCAACUCACUUGACAAUAUGAAAAUCGAAGAGUUCAGCAAUCAGUUUGCGCCCAGCAGCAAGCCUUAUCGAAAUUGGACUGCGGCCACGAAAAAUGUUUUUUCGCCACUCAAGAACGAGGAAGUGUUGAAAAACGAGAUGCACAUGUAUAAACAUCUAGUAACUGGAUUGAACCAGCUCUGCAAGGGCAUGUCGCGAGAUCGUCAACUGCUCUUUGUCAAUACGCACAAGACCGACUUUCCCCCACCAUUGUCGCAGGAUACACCUGCCCACGGGGAUCUGAAGCCGGACCUCGCGGCGCUCAAGCCUGGUGUGAAGACUGAUAAGGCGUUCCAGGAUGACAAGGAGAAAUGGAAGCAUGUCUCCUUGAUUGUUGAAGCCAAGGGUUCCAAGCGUGGCGACCCGAUGACAAGCACGAGCCAGAGAGCUCAACAAGAUCGUUUACAACUGAGCAAAGUAGCGGGCAUGCUCAUGUUAGAGCAAGGUACCCUCUGCUGCUUUGUCCUUGGCAUCUAUGGAUCGAAGGCUCGCAUCUACCGAUACGACCACGCAUCUGCUAUUGCGUCGACUGUGUUCGACUAUCGUAAAGAUCCGGGGUUUAUGAGGAGAUUCCUCUGGAAUUUCGUGAAUCCUAAGUCCGGGUUGGAGACGCUUGGUCAAGACGACUUGUCUUCGAAGCCGACCAAGAGAGACAUGGAGGAGGCUCUGAGACGAGGUGACACAUCAGGCAAAAGAUAUAUCAUCAAGGAGUCCUGGCGACAAGUCAUCCGCCCUCUUGAAAUGGUCUUCUACCAAAGGAUCAAGGAGUAUUGUGAUCGCACAAAUACCCAGAUGUUUGGAGUGGCCUAUCUUGUGUCUGGUACUGAUCUGGGAGCUCGAGAGCAUCAGCUGAAACAUCGAAACAGCGAGCGUCCUGAGCAAGGUGAGCGAAGCCACAUACGCCUUGUCUUGCGCACUGUCGGUCGGCCGCUGGGCACCUUCCGCUAUUCAAGACAACUCGUCCUCGCGUUACGCGACGCAAUCCUGGGGCACCAGCUCGCGUACAAGGCGGGCGUGUUGCACCGUGACGUUAGCGCUGGAAAUGUCAUGAUUGUUGAAGGUCAACCAUUCUCGGGGUUCAUCGAUGACUUCGAUUAUAGUAGUCUUAUCGAUAGUUCUGCGGACGGCGGGUCGCCUUUAACAGAUGAGGAGCUAGAAUCUCUUGGCUCACGGGAGGCAGAGCUACGCGAAAGAACAGGAACGUUCGCUUUCCUGUCUGAGGCAUUACUCAAUAUCUCAGCAAAAUCUGUGAUACAUGCUGUCCACCAUGACUUGGAGUCGUUCUACUGGCUGUUGAUAUGGGUCGUUCUGCGACAUACGCAGCACACACAUAAUGCGGGAGAAACAGCCUUCUUCGAGGUCUUUCCCGGCGACAACGAGGCACUGGCGAAAAACGCGAAACACAGCUUCAGGACCCGCGAGGAACCCCUAGCAGUCAAAGAUAAUCCGCUCGACAUGGAUGAUUGGCCCGAGAAUGAUGCCGCCAUUCCUUUCUCCAAAAACACGAAGAGGGAGAGUCUAGGCGACGCAGAUGCAGCGGGACCAUCGAAGAAGAUCAAGGCGGAACCCAAGGAUACCGAAAGCGAAAUCGAUGGGGACGAAUUUGAAAGUUUGUGA